GCCAGGGCGCGGUGGCAGCUGCAAGCCUAGUGGAGUCCAGGCGCAGUCCCUGGCCGCGAGCAGCCCGACGCAACCCGGCUGGUCGCCCAGUGCGCGCACGAUGGCGAUGCAUUUCAUCUUUUCAGAUGAGGCCGUGCUUCUCUUUGAUUUCUGGAGAGUCCACAGUCCAACAGGCAUGGCCUUCUCGGUGCUGGUCGUCUUGCUCCUGGCUGUAUUGUAUGAAAGCAUCAAGGUUGGCAAAGCCAAGUUGCUCCACAAGACCCUGGAGAGCCUGCCUACUAUCAACAGCCAGCAGCUCAUCCUGGAACCAGACCAGGAUUCUACUGGCUCUGAAUCAACUCCAGCCAAUAGAACCCGUCUCAGGUGGUUUUUGUGUUACUUUGGCCAGUCCCUAAUCCAUGUCAUUCAGGUGGUCAUUGGCUACUUUGUGAUGCUGGCUGUAAUGUCCUACAAUACCUGGAUUUUCCUCGGUGUGGUUCUGGGCUCAGCUGUGGGCUACUACCUAGCCUACCCACUCCUCAACCUGACUUAGUGGGCCAGAGAUGCACAGUGCUGAGGGCUGGAGAGCUGGGGCCUGUUCCAGAGAUUGAACUUCCAGCUGCUUUUUCCUGUGUUGGCCAUUGUUCACAUCUUUCCCAGUUCUUGACAGCUUUGAGAUGAAGCUGCCAAAUGGUCUCUGGAGCAUAGAGGCCAUUGAAGCUACCUCCGUCCCCAGCCUAUAUUGGACCCAGGUCUCCUGUGGUGCCUAAAGUGAGUAGCUAUGACCAAAGGGAACAUGGAGAGACCAGAACCUUGGAGGCAAGAUGGCCAGGCCUGUGACCUCAGAUCUCUGAGUGCAAAUUUCCAAAGAGCUUCAGUGAUGAAGGCCAUGGAACCUGGAUACCCUCUUCUGCUUUGUGCCUUGAUGUCAGGGACACCUCCAGUCUUUGGGGGACAGACCACGCUAGCUCCUUGUUCUCACCUUUUUGCCUUGGAAUACAUGAAGAUUGUCAUUGAUAAAACAAGGAUUUCAUUUUUGAACUCCUGGCUGGCAAUUUUGUACAUUAAUGCAAAACAAAUUUUCUAAUGAACUCUUUGUAUUCGUGAUGGAUGGCAGAGACCUCUCUUUUCUUUUUGAGACAAAGAUCCAGGACUGUUUCUGAGUCUGUGGAUUUGUCAGGGCCACUGCAGGUUGGUGGUCAGGGCCUUGCCUUAUCCUCUUGUAUGUACCACAGAGACCAGCAUUUAGUAACAGAGCCGACUGCCCUUAUUUUUACUUCCUGCUAACUCCUAAUGAUCUGGUGGGGAGCAUGAGUCAGUCACUGAAGUCCUGAUUCAGCAGGGGUGUGCUGGGGGCUGGGUACUGACUGAGGGCGCAAUAAGCAAUAACCAAAGCCAGGUCAUUUUAAGAGAUAAGUGGACUCCAAAUAUUUGGCCUUUCCACUUUAUAAAGUUAAAAGACAGGAAUGAGGACACACACCUGUAAUCCCCAGCACUGAGGAUGCUGAGGCAGGUGAUUGUGAGUUUGAGGGCAGCCUGGGCUACAUAGAGAGUUCCGGGGUAGCCUGAUAUCCACAGUGACACUGACACACACACACACACACACACACACACACACAUACCGACAAUCAAUGCUACAUACUAUAUAGUGUCUAUGUUCAAGUACCUCAUGGGCUCAGUGAAAAGAUGGCUUUACGAAGCUUUGGCAGUUAAAAACAAAUACACUUUAAUAAAUUUCUAUUUUUGAACAGUC